AUGAAAUUAUCAGAGUUAGAAGCAGCAGGAACAAAGUGCAAAGAGCACAUAAAUGACAAACAACUACCUGGUGUUUGCUAUUAUUGUUUAAGAGACAAACUUUCAAAGCUUAACAACAGCAAACAAGUUCAUCAUGUACCUCAAUCUCCACAACACUUUUCUUCAUCCUCGUCAAAAUAUAUGUCUCAAUCUCAAGGCCAUAGCCGCCGUCUACACCGUCGCCAAACAUCCAGUGUGAUGGAUUCUUUUUCCUCCAAUAUGGAUAGCUUCAGCUAUGGGUUGAAAAAGAGUAAGUCGAUUGCUUUUGUUUCGACAAGCGAAAUCAGAGAAAGGGAGGUUCAUGGGAAUUAUAAGAAAAGAAGCUUUUGGUCCAAGCUACUCAAAUUCACAAGGAAGGAUGUAAAAGAAGCCUUAAUGUAUUCAAGAACUACGAGGGAAAGAAAGGGUUGA